AUGUCGGACUUCGACGAGUUCGAGCGGCAGCUCAACGAGAAUAAGCAAGAGCGAGACAAGGAGAACCGGCACCGGAAGCGCAGCCACAGCCGCUCACGCAGCCGGGACCGCAAGCGCCGCAGCCGCAGCCGCGACAGGCGCAACCGGGACCAGCGCAGCGCCUCCCGGGACCGGCGGCGGCGGAGCAAACCUUUGACCAGAGGCGCUAAAGAGGAGCACGGAGGACUGAUCCGCUCCCCCCGCCAUGAGAAGAAGAAGAAGGUCCGCAAGUACUGGGACGUGCCGCCGCCCGGCUUCGAGCACAUCACCCCCAUGCAGUACAAGGCCAUGCAAGCUGCGGGUCAGAUUCCGGCCACCGCCCUCCUCCCCACCAUGACCCCCGACGGCCUGGCUGUGACCCCGACGCCGGUGCCAGUUGUGGGGAGCCAGAUGACCAGGCAGGCCCGGCGCCUCUACGUGGGCAACAUCCCCUUCGGCAUCACUGAGGAGGCCAUGAUGGACUUCUUCAACGCCCAGAUGCGCCUCGGGGGGCUGACGCAGGCCCCGGGCAACCCCGUGCUGGCCGUGCAGAUCAACCAGGACAAGAACUUUGCCUUCUUGGAGUUCCGCUCGGUGGACGAGACCACCCAGGCCAUGGCCUUCGACGGCAUCAUCUUCCAGGGCCAGUCGCUGAAGAUCCGCAGGCCUCACGACUACCAGCCCCUGCCCGGCAUGUCGGAGAACCCCUCCGUCUACGUGCCUGGAGUUGUGUCCACUGUGGUCCCGGACUCUGCCCACAAGCUGUUCAUCGGGGGCUUACCCAACUACCUGAACGAUGACCAGGUGAAGGAGCUGCUGACAUCGUUCGGGCCUCUCAAGGCCUUCAACCUGGUCAAGGACAGCGCCACCGGGCUCUCCAAGGGCUACGCCUUCUGUGAGUACGUGGACAUCAACGUCACGGAUCAGGCCAUUGCGGGGCUGAACGGGAUGCAGCUGGGGGACAAGAAGCUGCUGGUCCAGAGGGCGAGUGUGGGAGCCAAGAAUGCCACGCUGGUGAGCCUCCCGAGCACCAUCAACCAGACCCCCGUGACCCUGCAAGUGCCAGGCCUGAUGAGCUCGCAGGUGCAGAUGGGCGGCCACCCCACCGAGGUGCUGUGCCUCAUGAACAUGGUGCUCCCUGAGGAGCUGCUGGACGACGAGGAGUACGAGGAGAUCGUGGAGGACGUGCGGGACGAGUGCAGCAAGUACGGGCUGGUCAAGUCCAUCGAGAUCCCACGGCCCGUGGACGGCGUCGAGGUGCCCGGCUGCGGGAAGAUCUUCGUGGAGUUCACCUCUGUGUUUGACUGCCAGAAAGCCAUGCAGGGCCUGACCGGCCGCAAGUUCGCCAACAGAGUGGUUGUCACAAAGUACUGUGACCCCGACUCUUACCACCGCCGGGACUUCUGGUAG